AUGAUACGCGUAACACAACUUUCCUCACUCGCCCCGUGGGAACCACAACUCUCACAAUCUCUCCUUCUACAUAUAAAAAGCCUUCUACCAACUUUGACAUUCACACCAACUACCACCUCCUUCCAAGAGCAGAAAAGAAGAACGAAAGAGACGCGGAAAAAAAAAGGCAAAAUGCUGAAAGAGAUGAGGUGCGGUUUCGGGGAUGUUAAUGGUGGUGUUCGCAGUGACCCUUGUGGUGCUGCCGCUGGUGCUGCCUCCGCUGCCGCCGCCGCCAUUCGCUCUGCUUUUGGUUCCCGUCAUCAUUCUCCUCCUCCUCUUUUUGCUGGCCCUCUCGCCCUCCGUGGUGCAGUUGCCCGACAUUGA